GGGAAAAGGGCCGCAGGCAGAGGCAGACGCCGCCACCGCCCAUCGCCCAACACAAACAAACACCGCGGAGGGUCGUGUUUAUUAGUCACAAUUGCCUGCAAUGUCAAUCGUUUAGUUCCUGUUCUGUUCUAGCCCAGCGAGGGCCCCGUAUUUGCGUCCGCGAAGUUAUUUAAACGGCUUCAAAAUGCCCGCAAUGAACGACACCGCCAAUAUUGUGAAGAUAGCAGUGGAGAUGGCUGAGCAAGUGCCACAACUGAUAGGCUUCAAUCAGAAACACUCGCUGGCAGCUAUAAUUCAAGAUUUGUGCAACGGGUGGCAGUUGACGGAGCCAGAGCUUUAUGCCCUGCAAUUCACUGAGAACAAUAACAAGAACUACGUUACCGAAAAGAAUCGAAAUGAAAUAAAGAACGGCUCAAUUCUUCGCCUAACCUUCUCACCAUCUAAGACAGCAGAAGAUAUUUUGUUUAAAGUGAAAAAUGGAAACUUGGAUGAGAAGACACAAGCCCUGCAAAAGCUAUCCCUUCUUAGUACCGACAUGACUUUUGCUUUUGAAUUCAUUAACAAGCAAGGUCUUGCGCUGAUAAUAUCUAUGACAGAGGAAGGAAAAUGUCAAGGUGCAACAUUAGCGUUUUGCCUUCAGUCGUUUGUAGAAUUAAUGGACCAUGGGAUAGUUUCCUGGGACAUCUUAGAAUGUACAUUUAUUAACAGAGUUGCCAGUUAUGUUAACAAUCAGGCACCAAAUCAAGACAAUAAAGUUGUUCAGGCAUCAUUAUCCAUUUUGGAGAGUAUUGUUUUGAAUAGUUCAGCCAAGUUAGCACAUUUGGAAAAGGAACUCACGUUUCCUAGCCUGGUUGUGCAUCUUCAAAGUUCCAACCCAGUAACUCAACAAAAUGCUAUUGCACUCAUUAAUGCCCUUUUCUUAAAGGCUGAUCAUGCAAAGCGAAAGGCCAUAUCAGGGACACUUAAUUCUCAAAAAGUGCGAAAUGUCAUACUUACCAAUAUUAUUCAAGCUGCUUCUGGACAGGUCGGGACUGAGAUGGCACAUCAGCUCUACGUUCUACAAACUCACCAAUUGGCUCUCUUAGAACAAAGAAUGAACACCAAAAUGGAUCUACAAGACCAGGAUGCACAUGAAAAAAUCAAAGAACUUCGGAGAAUUGCAUUUGAUAUGGAUAACAACUCAAAUAGUGGAGAUAGCACCACACGAAGGCAAGGUUUUGCUAAAGACUACAAGAAGCUUGGGUUCAAAUGUGAUAUCAACCCUGCUCUUGACUUUGCUGAAACACCACCUGGAAUGCUAGCAUUGGAUUGUAUGAUUUAUUUUGCCAGAAACCAUGUUGAAAACUACACCAAAGUUGUUCUGGAGAAUUCAUGUAGAGCAGAUGAGCAUGAAUGUCCCUUUGGUCGUACAAGUGUAGAGCUUGUAAGACUACUUUGUGAGGUGCUGCGUAUUGGAGAAGCUCCAAGUGAACAGGGUCAUCAUUACCACCCCAUGUUUUUCACCACUGAUCAUCCUUUUGAAGAGUUUUUCUGUGUUUGUAUAGUGCUUCUCAAUAAAACAUGGAAAGAAAUGCGGGCAACAAAAGAAGAUUUUGUGAAGGUGUUUAGUGUUGUCAAGGAACAAAUCACUCGUGCACUGGCUGGUCAGCCAUUAUCUUUAGAGAAGUUUCGUGGCCUGCUUCAAGUUCUUACAUAUUCUGAAAUAACCAACUUAUGGCAGCAGGAACGGACAAGUCGUGAAGAGUGGGAAUCUCAUGCUAGACCAAUUGUUGAGCUACGAGAACAAAUAAAACCAGAAAUAAUUGAGCUUAUUCAACAGCAGAGGUAUGGUUUCCUAGCUGAAGGAACAAGAUUUACAAAAUAUUCACCUCGCGGUCAGAGAAUAAAAGACAAGUUCUGGUACAUUCGCUUGUCUCCUAAUCAUAAAGUGUUUCACUAUGGUGACUGUGAUGAAAAAAGUGCUCCUCCCUUAGAAGACCUCUCCAAUAAAUUACCUGUUGUUGACAUUAAAGCACUUGUAACUGGAAAAGAAUGCCCUCACAUGAAGGAUGUUCGGGGUCGGAAAACAACUCACCAGCUUGCAUUUUCAUUACUGCUUGAUUCAGUAGAAGUAUCUUCCCUUGAUUUUGUGGCACCAGAUGAACAGGUGUUCGAUUAUUGGACUGAUGGAAUCAAUGCACUUCUAGGAAACAAGAUGACAAGCAAAGAAGCACAAAAUGAUUUGGAUACAUUAUUAUCGAUGGAUAUUAAGUUAAGGCUCUUGGAUGCUGAAGGUGUGGAUAUUCCUCAAGACCCUCCCCCAAUUCCAGCUGAUCCUCCAAAUUAUGAUUUUUGCUACGAUUCGAAAUAGGGCAUGUUGGCUGCAGUGUUUCCCAACACUCAACAUUAAAGUUUUUACGACUAUGGUAUUUUGAUAAGCCAAGAUUAGUUGACUAUUCUAGUUCUCGGCCGUUAUCAUCAGAAUUAGUUACGAUUUUAUAUGACACUUAUGAAAUUCUCUUUUACAACUAGACUUAUUUAUUAUCUCUCAGAAUUGGUCCAUGAAUCUUGCUAGCUGAGGUACUGUAAAGUUUCAUUGUCCUUGUGAGGUUGUUAUGAACCUCUAAAAUGUAACUCAAAUGUAAUUUAAAUCAUUGUUUCAAUUUUUGUUUUAUGUGUAUGUGUGCUUGUGCUGUCAAAC